CCUGGCAGUUCAGCUAUCCCAUUAGAUAAAAUUUGAUACCUAUGUACCAUGUUUAUUUUUAUAUUAUUAUAUUAUAAAUAUGAUUUCCAAAAUCUAAAUUUAUCGCGCAUUUCUUAUCAAUUAUCAUAAUUAAUAAAGAGUAAUUAAAGACUCGACUGUCGGGUAUAUAGACGCAGCAGCUAGCGUUAAUAAUCAUUGUGUUAUUAGUUUAUUACUUUAUUCGGUAUUUGCAUCUAUAUAAUUGUUAUAAGAAUUCAUAAUGCAGAGCAAUCAAGACUUCGAGAACGAAAUCGCAAAAUUCGUGAGUGACUUUUUCGCAAACUAUGAUAAAAACCGUCACAUACUCCACACAUUGUUCCCAGAAGAUGGUACGUUUAUUGUACUCGGCAACCGUAUGACUGGCCAUUCAGCAAUUCAACAAGCCAUGUUAACAAUGGCUACGACGACCCAUCAACUCUUCAGUAUCGACAUUAUAGCUCUCGAUAUGCAGUUACCAGAUAGAGUUCAAAUGUUCCAAGUGCUGUGUGCAGGUGAUGUCGUAUUUGGAAAUGAUGCACAAACACACGGCUUUACUGCUACUCUUUUGGUAUAUUUUUUGAGGCCCAACAUUUUGAAUGUUGUAUCGUUUAACGAACGAUGUCAAUGGCCUAAAUUGUCCUAGUGUAUGAAUAAACAAAUUUAUCAAAUACCUAAAAGGUACGAAAUAAACGU